AUGGAGGGCGCAGAGGGUGAAGCGCAAGUCCGUCCUCUGGACAAAGAAAUCACAUCUCUCAAGAAACAAGUCGCCAGCCUCCGCAAAACCCUCAAAAUCGAAUGCUCCACCAUCCUAUCCAACCCUUCCAUCCGCGAUGCCCUCCUCUCCUCCCUAAACCCGCAACCGACCCCCAAGUCCGCCGCCCUGCGACCCCGAAAGCCCCGAAGGGCGUCCGUCGACCGCGACGAGCAGCGCCUCCUCACCCGCUCCAAGCAGCAAGCGGCCUACGACCAGCAAUGCCUCUACCGCAUCGCCGCCUCGGUCACAGCCUUUAAAGUCCGCGAUCCGGACCCCAACGCCGUCGACGGGGGGCACGUGCUGGGAUUGCGCUUCGAAGCCAUGACGCGCGGCCAAUUCCUGCAGCCGUACUACGUGAUGCUGAACCGGCCGUAUCCGGAUAACCGCAAGUUUCUGCGUGUUCACCGACACACGGUGCCGCCGGCAAUCCCUCUAUCAGGCCUAGCAGCGAGGUAUUUGCCCGCGCCAAAACAUCAGCAGCGGCAGGAACAACAAGCCGAAGGACAAGGCAGCUCUCCAUCACCUUCAUUGGCCUCACCGCAACACCUCAAGCAAGACCUCGAAAGAUUCGUCAAGUCUCUUAGGCGAGAAAUCAUGCGCUACCACAACAGACUAGGCGUAUCGGCAGACCUGCGGCGUAGCCUAGGCGCACACGGCGACAACGAGACGGCGACACCGCCAAAUGCCAUCAUCGACGUCAGCAUCGCCGACACGGAGGCGAAGCAGAUCCGUCUGACGUGGGCCGACGAGCGCAACGGUCGCCUAGUCAUGGACGACGACGGCAAAGUGGUCAAAUUUGUGGUCUUUGGCGCCGCCGAGGGCAGGGACUGGGAAACGACGAGACAACUCGGGGACAGUCAGGGGAGGGUCGAGGAUAUUGCCAAGAUGCUACAAGAGUAUGCGUCGGGAGCAUCAUGA